GUGGGUGAGGCGCGGGCGUCGUGGGUGCCGGGGUGCGGGAGCGAUGCCCGCGGGGGCCGGCACCGCACGGGACAGCGCAGGGUCCCGCCGGGAGAGCCGCUUCAGAGCAGCACUGAGCAAUCUCAUUUUUCACACGUCUCCUGUAGUCAAACUGCCCCUGUCAGAGGAAAGGAGUUGCUUCCUGUUAUUUCCAUUGAAAUCCUUGUCCCGGUCGUUAGCCGGCAGGCUUUGGCAGGAUGGCACCGUGCGCGCACAUGAGCUCCGGCCGUCUCUCCCGAGGGCUCCUGCUGCUCUGCGUGCUCCUGGGGACUGGCCUUUGUCACACAGACGCCGUGACAACGAGCUUCAGCCAGGACACUGGGACAAGCCCACCCACGGCCACAUCCAACUGGACAACCCAGUCCAUGGAGGGGAAUUACACCGCCAUCACACAGCACUGCUGGGAUUACUUCGUCUACCUGAUGAGGAAUGUGAUGACAUCGGAGCUGUGCGAGUGGAAAGUCAUCAGCAGGCCCUACAGCGAGCUGCAGCGCUGCCUGGAGGAGUGGGCAGAGCGCCUCAACCACAGCUACCCCAACGCCCUGGCGGAGCAGUACAUCUUCCAGAGCCACCACCGCUACUUCCACAACUGCACCCUGGAGCACCCGGUGUACUUCGACCCGCCCGAAGAUGUGCUCCUGGCCAUGAUCAUCGCACCCAUCUGCCUCAUCCCCUUCCUCGUCACCCUGGUCAUCUGGCGCAGCAAGGACGGCAAGGCGCAGGCUUAGAGCCGCCCUCCCUGCCCGCGUCGGGGCACCGAGCCCCGGCUGCGGGGCCGCCCGACCGCCCGGUGGGCUCUCGGGGCCACCACCCCGCGCAGCGGAGGCGGCCGGUUCCUCCCGCGCCUUCCCCACCCCGCGGCCCGGGAUUAAACGCUUCUCCCCCCA